CACACCUACAGAACCACCAUGAACACCACCACCAUCUUGCCGACAAAGGUGGCUGCUGGUGAUCCUCUUCCAAUUGAGAUAGGGACGCGCGGUACGGUCGGAAACCUCGUGAUGAAGGAGAUAGAGUACUUCACAAGACUUGAGUCCGGAACUAGUGAUCAAGGCAAAUGUUCGAUCAAAAACUCCGUAAAUCCUGACAAGAAGCAUCGUGGAGAUGGUGUCGGUUCUAAAUUUUGGCCUGCUUUCGGUUUCUUGACCAUUACAUGGCGGAGGGGGAAGAGGAAGGGCGGCGAAAGUGGUAGAUUUUUGCCUAGAAUGUGCACCAUGGUAGAUGUUGCUGACAGCCGCCACCAUAGGCUGACCAAGAUUCCUAGCUUCAGUUACCGGAACCUUAAAGAUGACAUUAACCAAGUCGAGGUUUAAUCAAUCAAUGUUUUAGAAAGAGAUGGCACAAUGUGACAUGCCACACAUUUAUUUUUGGUUUUAAAAUCUAUGUUUGCAAAUAUUCACCUUGUAAAGAAUAUGAAUAUAUGCCCUUAUCUUUUA